GUGCCGAAAAAGUGAUAAUAUCUUGUCGCAGCGCAUGUUUUCCUGCAGAAAGUGGUCGAUGCUUGCUUACCUCCGAUUUUAAUUUGUAAAUUGUGGUAUUUCAACGUUUUCAACUUAACAUGUCGUGUUUAAAAGUGGUGCUUUCAAUUAUAUGUGGGCUGGUGUUGCUGUUUGAGAACUGUGAAGCUGUGGAAGCUUUUGACAAAUCUCCAAAGGACCAAAAGGAAAAAUCAACUAAGAUGCCGCCUUGUAAAUCAUGCACUGUGCUUGUGGAAUUAUUUAAGUUGGGUUUGGAAAAAAUAAGUCGCGGCAAGCAUGCCGGUGGUAAUGCAGCUGUUAAAGAGGAAAGACUACAUGCUACCGAAAUAAAGCAAGAGGAUGUACCUCGAACUCAACCUCAACCAUCACCACCAAUAGACUUGCUCAAUUUAAACCAGCCCCAACCCCAGCUGCCGGUGCAAGAUCCACAAGCCACUGUUAUGCCAACGAGUGACGCUAGUUUCGCUUUGCUUGGAGCAUUCGGGGAUGAUAAUUCAUCUGGCAUUGGCUCGGCUCCAAUACCUGAUAUUUUAGAAAUUAAUGUACAACCAACUUCAAAUGCCAACCUUGAUGAUAUCUUCGGCUCAGUUGCUUCAUCGGCGCCGAAAAUCAGCCUGGAGUUUGAUAGUUUUUCUGUACACCAGCCGACACCAACUAGUGCAAACACUUCAGCGACGACUAAAGUAACCCCAACCUGGUGUACUUGUGUGUGUCGCGUCAGUCUCAGCAAAAUAGUCUUGCAUCAACAACCAGAGCUCAGUACGUCAUAG